AUGGUCGUCCCGAACGCCACACCCAAUUUCCUUCCGUACCGUGCCGUCCAGUUCCAACAACUGAUUCCUGUAGCCCUGUCAAGUUUCGCCUACAGCGAAGCGUACGUACACGGUACGACGAUCGUUCGAGCUUGCAAGGCCCGAGGCUGGACGAUCCAGCCCGCGGCUUUGGCUGGCGUUGAAGCAUACCUGGGAUCAUCCCGGGACGGAUCUUUGGAAGAUCUUCUCAACGUCGUUGCCGAACGAAUACCGGGACAGACUUUAACGGGAGACUUGUGGGACGACAUUGCGGGAGAAGCGGCGGAUACCGGUCGAUCCGCGUCGACGACGAUGACGACGACGGAUGCGUGGGAUGGUUUGCAAAUUGUCAACGCAUUCCAAUCACCCAAACUAGUAUUCGAAGUCAUGCGCAAAAACUUUGCCGUGGACGAGAAGCCGCGCUCUUUGUUUGGUACUGCAGAAGAUAAGAUCUCCAUGCUGGCCCAGCGCUACGCCAUGGUGCACCAACGCAUUCUACGACACAAGCUCUUCCGACCCGCAGAUUUACACGCUCGCCAACAAAGUAUUCAACACAAGUUGACUCCGGUGGAAUCGCUGCUCGGGAAGCAUGACAACCAAAGUCUGCUCAUACUGGGAAUUCUACUACAGAUUGAAGAAGGACAGUGGUACCUGGAAGAUCCUACGGGACAGGUCCAAAUAUCCUUUCAAGACGCCAGCGCCGUGGACGGAUUCUUUGUGACCGAGCAUUGCAUUCUCUUGGUCGAGGGUAUGUUCCGGGAUGGUACAUUCUGCGUGCAUCGUUUGGGUCAUCCCCUCCUGGAGUCUCGCGAAACGUCCUUACAGACCAUUCGACAACAAGUCUUUCAUCCCAGUUUUCGCAAACCCGUCCUCACGGUCGGUAGCAUGACGAAAGAAUCCUCGUUGGUCGUUCUGUCGGACCUGCACUUGGACCAACCCCGCGUGCUACAGCAACUCGAAAGUUUGUUCGCCACCUACGACAAGUAUGCUCCCGACCGACUCCCCCUGUUUGUUCUCAUGGGAAAUUUCUCGUCCACCCCUCAGUCGCACCCUUCCCAGCUCACUCCGCUACUCGACGAAUUGGCAACCCUCAUUGGAUGCUUCGCGAAUCUGCGAGCCCACGCGCACUUUUGUCUCGUGCCGGGUCCACACGACGGGGUUGGGUACGUCCUACCCCUGCCCGCGCUACGGAAAACGCACGCCCUGGAUAAGAUCGCACACGUACAUCUGGCUUCCAAUCCCUGUCGUAUCCAGUGGAGAGACCAAGAUAUCGUGGUCUUUCGUUACGACUUACUCCACCUCUUUCAGCAUCACCAGAUACGUUUGCCCGGAACCGACCGCGCCGCAUCGGACGAUGACGACCAACAUGGCCGCCAACCACAUUGUCGCUUGCUCAAGACCAUUCUGGAUCAAGGUCACGUCACACCGGUCGCGGGUGUUCCCAUCUUUUGGAAUUUGGAUCACGCUCUUUCCCUGUAUCCCUUACCGACGGCACUGAUACUGGGCGGGGACACCGCCACGCAAAAAGACGCCUUUCACGAAGUUUACGGUGGAGUCCACGUGCUUCAUCCCGGCGCUUGGGAUGACGGGUCGUACGCGGUGUACACGCCGGGACGCCCCGAGACAGCCAUGGUGGCAGACGAGGAAGACGCGCCCCGCGUCGUCGAAUUUGGUCGGGUGGGCGACAGCGUUCCAGCCGAGGCCUGA